ACAUGUCUCAUCAUCAACCCAAGCCGCAAACCCAAACGGUUCGACACACAUUAUUAACCAACUCCUUCAUCUGCCUGGGGACAAACAUAAUGACUCGAUUUCGUCCCUGUAUUGACCUUCACGCAGGCCAAGUGAAGCAGAUCGUGGGCGGCACACUGGAUAGCACGACGGAGGCCUUACAGACAAACUUCGUCUCGUCACACUCGGCAGGACAUUUCGCCAAGCUAUACAGAGACAAUGACCUCACAGGCUCCCAUGUAAUCAUGCUAGGGCCCGGCAACGAAGAGGCGGCACGGGAGGCCCUCCGGGCGUGGCCGGACGGGUUGCAAGUGGGUGGUGGGAUCAACGACAAGAACGCAAAAGAAUGGAUCGAGGCUGGAGCAAACAAGGUCAUCAUCACGUCCUUUCUUUUCCCAGACGGCAAGUUCAGCCAGGAGAGGCUAGACGCCGUGUUGAACGCCCUGGGCAACGACAAAGAGAGGCUGGUCAUCGACCUCAGCUGCCGACGCCGGGGCGAAGACAGCUGGUUCGUGGCCAUGAACAAAUGGCAGACCAUCACAGAUAUGGAGAUCAAUCAAGAAUCCAUCCAGAAAUUGGAACCGUACUGCUCCGAGUUUCUUAUCCACGCUGCCGACAACGAAGGCUUGCAAAAGGGUAUCGACGAGCGGCUGGUCGAGAAGCUCGCCCAGUGGGCUUCCAUCCCAGUUACCUACGCUGGCGGGGGGCGGAACCUCGAGGACCUGGAGACGGUAAAGAGGCUCAGCAGCGGAAAGGUACAUCUCACAAUCGGCAGCGCGUUGGACUGUUUCGGGGGCAGCGGGGUCAAGCUGGACGAUUGUACCCGGUGGAACCGGGCGCAGGCGUCUUGAACGAGGGAAACCAAAACGUGUUGCGCCGUUUGCUGCCCGACUCUCCUAGUCCGCCGCGGGGAGUGGACGGGACAGAUACGAGCGGAUGAGGGCAAUGCAGUGCGACCUCUGUACGGAUACAUGAUGUUCCUUCUCUGGUAGAUCAGCGACGGCCUUGGUGUGAUGGCUAGCCCAGAGAGCCGCAUUUGUGACACCAACACGAAGACUUCAACCCCA